GGGGUGGGUUGAGCUUGGCAUUGUGGGUCUCAGAGGUCUUUUCCAACCUGGAAUGGUUCUGUGACUCCAUGAAUAAUUCCAGCAUGAUACAAGCUCGGUGUGAUCAAAGCAGCCCUACGUUGCUGUAUGGGAACUGUUGAUCUUGGCAUGAACCACUGAUUGAGCACCUGGGGAAAAGACCCAGUCAACCCUGGGAGCACAGGUGAAGGCAGUUCAGCGAUGUGACCAGAAGGAGUGGAGCAUGGCUGCACCUCUCUUAGACCUCAUUUAAGGGCUGACUGCCACUAAGGAAGGUUCUCUGGUUAGAGAUCUAUCCCUUGUGGAGUCUUUCUAGUGAGCUGAGAUUUUCAGAGACAGAGAGAUGGUGAAGGAGCCGCCGGGGCCGGAGGGGGCUGGUGGGAAGCCCUUCGUGUUGCCUCCGGGCAUCACGGUCUGUGAUUCAGGCCGGGGUAACCUUGUGUUCGGAGAUAUGGAAGGUCGAAUCUGGUUUUUGCCUCGCUCACUUCAACUCAGUGGUUUCCAAGCUUACAAGUUAAGGGUAACGCACCUAUACCAGCUGAAGCAGCACAGCAUCUUAGUUUCUGUUGGUGAGGAUGAAGAGGGCAUUAACCCAUUGGUUAAAGUAUGGAAUCUGGAAAAACGAGAUGGUGGCAAUCCUCUUUGCACACGAAUUUUUCCAGCGAUACCCGGUAACAAGCCCACAGUUGUGUCCUGUCUUACUGUCCAUGAGAAUCUGAAUUUCAUGGCUAUUGGUUUUGCAGAUGGGAGUGUUGUGCUUACAAAAGGAGACAUCACUCGAGAUCGCCAUAGUAAGACCCAGAUCCUACAUGAAGGCAGUUACCCAGUUACUGGUCUUGCUUUUCGACAGUCUGGCAAAACAACGCAUCUGUUUGUGGUGACCACAGAGAACAUUCAGUCCUAUCUGCUUUCUGUGAAAGACUAUUCUCAUCUGGAGCUGGACACUCAUGGCUGUGGAUUGCACUGUUCUUCUCUGAGUGACCCCUCCCAGGACCUCCAGUUCAUUGUAGCAGGAAAUGAAUGUGUAUACCUUUAUCAACCAGAUGAACGAGGCCCCUGCUUUGCUUUUGAGGGACAAAAGCUGAUUGUUCACUGGUAUCGGGGGUACCUCAUCAUUGUCUCCAAGGACCGAAAAACUUCUCCUAAGUCGGAGUUUGCUGGAAACGAGGCACAGAAUUCAGACAAACAAGUUCUGAAUAUCUACGACUUGUGCAACAAAUUCAUUGCGUACAGUUCAAUCUUUGAUGAUGUAGUAGAUGUCUUAGCAGAAUGGGGUUCUUUGUAUGUUCUGACCAGAGAUGGGAAGAUCCACGCACUGCAGGAGAAGGAUGCCCAAACCAAACUUGAGAUGCUCUUCAGAAAGAACUUAUUUGAAAUGGCCAUUAAUCUAGCCAAGAGUCACCACUUGGACAGUGAUGGCUUGUCAGAGAUUUUCCGGCAGUAUGGUGAUCAUCUCUAUAACAAGGGGAACCACGAUGGAGCCAUCCAGCAAUAUAUCCGAACUAUAGGGAAAUUGGAACCAUCUUAUGUUAUUCGGAAAUUCCUAGAUGCUCAGCGCAUCCACAAUCUCACUGCUUAUCUGCAGACACUCCACCUUCAAUCUCUUGCCAAUGCAGACCAUACUACACUUCUGCUGAACUGCUAUACUAAACUCAAAGAUAGCACCAAAUUGGAGGAGUUCAUUAAGGCUAGUGAGAGUGAAGUUCGCUUUGAUGUGGAAACAGCAAUCAAGGUGCUUCGUCAAGCAGGUUACUACUCCCAUGCUGUGUACUUGGCAGAAAAGCAUGCCCAUCAUGAAUGGUACCUCAAAAUCCAGCUAGAAGACAUUAAGAACUAUCAAGAGGCUUUGCACUACAUUGGAAAACUGCCUUUUGAUCAAGCGGAGAGUAACAUGAAGCGAUAUGGUAAAAUCCUGAUGCACCAUGUCCCUAAAGAGACAACGGAACUACUGAAGAACCUUUGCACUGAUUACCAGCCAUCAGGGAACAGUGAAGGCCCUGGGAUCCUGGAAGGAAAAAAGGCCAAUUCUGAGGAGUUCAUUCCAGUCUUUGCAAACAAUUCCCGAGAACUGAAGGCGUUUCUGGAGCACAUGACUGAGGUGCAGUCUGACUCUCCACAGGGUGUAUAUGACACUUUAUUGGAACUUCGUCUCCAGAAUUGGGCACAUGAACUAGAUAAGCAGAUCAAGGAGAAGCUGCACGAUGAAGCACUCACUCUCCUGAAGAGCGGAAGAUUCAAAACAGUCUUUGAUAAGGCCUUGGUCUUAUGUCAGAUGCACAAUUUCAAGGACGGUGUCCUCUACCUCUAUGAACAGGGCAAACUUUUUCAACAGAUCAUGCAUUACCACAUGCAGAACGAGCAGUACAAGAAAGUGAUUGAAGUGUGUGAGUUGUACGGGGACCAAGAGGCUUGUCUUUGGGAACAGGCUCUGGGCUACUUUGCACGGAAGGAGGAAGACUGCAAGGAGUAUAUUGCUGCAGUGCUGAAACACAUAGAGAACAAGAAUCUUAUGCCUCCACUUCUUGUUGUGCAGACAUUGGCUCACAACUCCACAGCCACAUUGUCUGUGAUUAAGGAUUAUCUUGUCAACAAGCUGCAGAAGCAGAGCUGCCAGAUAGAGCAAGAUGGGCAGAAAAUUCAAAAAUACCGGGACGAAACUACAAGGAUCCGUCAAGAGAUUGAAGAGCUAAAAGCAAGUCCCAAGAUCUUUCAGAAGACCAAGUGUAGCAUUUGCACCAGUGCCCUGGAGCUGCCCUCUGUCCAUUUCCUGUGUGGUCAUUCCUUCCACCAGCACUGCUUUGAAAGCUACUCUGAGAGUGAUUCAGAAUGUCCUACUUGCAUGCCUGAAAAUCGCAAAGUGAUGGACAUGAUCCGAGCCCAGGAGCAGAAGAGAGAUCUGCAUGAUCAGUUUCAGCAUCAGCUUAAGUGCUCCAAUGAUGGUUUUUCCGUCGUCGCUGACUACUUUGGUCGAGGCGUUUUUAAUAAGCUCACCCUCAUCACAGAUUUGCCUUUGGGAAAGUCAGCUACGACAAUUGAGGCUGGCCUCCAGAGGGAGCUGCUGAUGCACACUAAGCGGAGUACCUGAGCUGGGGAUUCCCGUUGCACCGCGCGCCUUCUCGGGUUGUACGGGUUUACGGCGUGGGCGCGCGCUUCGCCCCCUCAUCUUUCGCUCUCCAAUAAUAAAUGGAACCAAGUCGGCUUUA